UUGACGGACUAUCAUCUGACAUCAUGGUUACGAAGCACAAGGGUACAUUGGCUGUUAUUGAGCAGAUCUAUCAGGACAUACCCGCUUUCACCGAUAUAUUCACGGAGGAGAGCUUCUAUACCUUUGCCUUUUGCUUUGUUUGUGCCACUGUGUUGGUGGCAUUUAUACUAUCGCGCUUUAUUACCAUUAAGCCAGUCGAUUUUUAAGUCACAUUAAAAACUUUAAGCUUUAAAAUGUAAA